AGCUGACGGGAAGCCGGGUAACAUGGAGUCGGGUAAGAUGGCGCCUCCUAAGAACGCUCCCAGGGAUGCAUUGGUGAUGGCGCAGAUCCUGAAAGAUAUGGGAAUCACGGAGUAUGAACCAAGGGUUAUAAAUCAAAUGUUGGAAUUUGCUUUCCGAUAUGUGACUACAAUUCUUGAUGAUGCAAAAAUUUAUUCAAGCCAUGCUAAGAAACCUAAUGUUGAUGCAGAUGAUGUCAGACUGGCAAUCCAGUGUCGUGCUGACCAGUCUUUUACCUCUCCUCCCCCACGAGAUUUUUUACUGGAUAUUGCAAGGCAGAAAAAUCAAACACCUUUGCCACUUAUCAAGCCAUAUGCAGGACCUAGACUACCACCUGAUAGAUACUGCUUAACAGCUCCAAACUAUAGGCUGAAGUCCUUAAUUAAAAAGGGACCUAAUCAAGGACGACUAGUUCCACGAUUAAGUGUUGGUGCUGUUAGUAGCAGACCUACCACUCCCACUGUAGCAGCCCCACAAACAGUGUCUGUCCCAAAUAAAGUUGCAACUCCAGUGUCAGUGACAAGCCAAAGAUUUACGGUGCAGAUUCCAUCUUCUCAGUCCACACCUGUCAAACCAGUUCCUGCAACAACUACAGUUCAAAACGUUUUGAUUAAUCCUUCAAUGAUUGGAUCCAAAAAUAUUCUUAUUACCACCAACAUGGUUUCAACACAGAACACAGCCAAUGAAUCAAACCCACUGAAGAGAAAACAUGAAGAUGAUGAUGACAAUGAUAUUAUGUAAGAAAUAGUCUAGGGAAAUCUAGAUGCAUUCUAAAUAUUUGAUUUUUAGCCUGCAUACCAGAAUAGGGCAUUCUAGAUCUUGUUUUUAUCUUAGAAAACUUAAAUAUAGCUUUAAUAUUUUUCACAUUAAUUUAAACUGCUAGAUUUCUUUAAUAAAAAUAUAAGUAUUUUCUCUUUAGGCUUCAAAUACAAAAGUUAAAAACCUGUUUCUUAAUAGUUUUACUAGUGUUGAAUGCUACCAUCGCAGUUCUAUUUUUGAAAAAAGUUUUCUGCUGUUUAUCACUGACAGUAGCACUUAAGUUUCAGUUUCUACAGCCUAGUCAGUAAAUGAAUUAUUAAUUUCUAACCUACAUUUAAAUAAAGUACUUCUUUUUGUAAGGUAAAAUUUUCACUUUCAUUGUCACUAGCUCUUUUGACCAAAAUUCUUAUUGUAGGAAACAUUUUUUGAAAAGGAUAGAUUUAGAGAGGUUGUAAAUCCAUUUUGAAUGUAUUUAAGUCCCAUGGUUUUCCUUGAUUUCCCACCUUAACUCCUUUUUUAGUUCCUAUUUGUUUUUUGUACCAAUCACCCAUAGGCUUAAGGUUCUCCCCAUUGCCCUUAAAUUUAAAAGGUUAUAACUGGAAUUUUUAAAAUACCAUCCCUGCUAAUACAGCUCAGUGAUAUUGUCAUAUUUUUAAAACCUGCUUUACAUGCCUGAUAUUCUGGUUAACUUGAACCUGAAUGUUUAUGUUUGCUUUUUGUUUUCACUCUAUGCCAAAGUAGUAAUUGGGUUUUUAAUCUCUUCCUUUUCAUACCUGUUGAAUUUUACUGUGCUUUUGACUUGAGUUUUGGGUCAGUUACAUUCAGUUGUAUUCCAAGUUGAUAUAUUUUACAUUUUUUAAUUUAAUAGGGAUACUAUAACUUCAAAUCUGCCUUGUUAAGUAAUUACACUGGACCUAGCAAAAAUCCCUGAAGAACAAAUGUUUUCUUCCUACCACAUGUACAUGUGCUUUAAUCAUUGCUGCCUAAACCCUUCUAUUGUAACUCAGAUCAUUUUUCUAACUUGAUGAGGGUUUCACACACAAGGUAGGCUCAAACCUGAACACAGACUCUAAUGGUUCCCAUUCCUCUGUAAGGCCAACAAGGAAAACAAAAUUAGUGUCAUGUGACUUGCAUUUAGGUGCACUCUUCAUAAGUUUCCCAGUAAUAUUGCUAGACAUCUUCCACAUCUAAAAUCUUAUUGUUAAGAUUG